AUGGCUUCCGCUAUUGGUGAACAGGAGGGAGUUGAGUGGACUGAAUCACUUCUAACGAGUGUGGCUGAAAUCUCAGGAGCAAGACCUCGCAUUACAAUUGAUGAUGACGAAAGGAGUACUCCGACAGUCAAUCUUGUAACGAAGUGUUUCGGCGCUGGAUAUGAAAAUCUGGUACUUUCUAUGGAAGAGAGUUAG